GUAGCCGUCGUAGCCGUCACAGCCGUCACAGCCCCGUCGCUAGCGCGUACAGCCCCGGACAACAAGUUCGCACAGAGAGGACCAUCGAUUGGAGCUCCCGUGCAGGAGUCCAGUCCCACACCUAAACGUACGCUCGCUCACCGGUCUCUGUCUCAGGCAGCGAGCGACUCGACCCGCGUAUCAUCCGCACUUUUUCUCGUUGCCGCACCUCGUGAUCACCGGCGCGACACACACGCCGAGGCCAAAGACCCGACAGCUGCUGCGAAGCUCUUCGGCUUCCGGACCUUGACGCACGAGCGGUGCGUAUCCCCGGGCGUAGCUCCGCGCAUCCCUUACGCUCCCGAAGCCUGACCUCGCCUGACCUCGUCUCGCUUCCUCGUCUCCUCCUUCUUAUCUGGCAAAAGUUUUACUCCGCAUUGCUGUAAAAUCAUUAGUGGUGAGUGCGCUCAACUUGUUCUCCCGAACAAUUGCCAGUGCUUGUGCGACACGCCGAUUUACCAUCUGCCCAACACUGACUGUCCCUCCACGCCUUUGCUUAUCAAUUUGAAAUAUCUCGAUCGUGCAACUUCUGACCCUUGCCUGACCCUUGCAUUACGAUCUUAAAUCAUACUCCGGUAACUUAAUCGUUCUUUUACAUUGUUAAUUCGCUUGGUUGUAAACAGUGAUUGUGUUUGACUUGUGUAGCAGAGUUUAAGUCACAGGAAAAAUGGAUGUGCAAACGGGCUUGGUGUAUGUGGUAGUAGUUGUCAUCUCUGCAUUAGUCAUUGGAUUUGUCUCUGUAUUUGCCAUGAAAGAAAAAUCUUACGAAGAGGCUAUAGCGGAACAGCGCAAACUACCAGACGAUCUUUUACUUGGUAAUUUACAUUAAUCGAACAUGUCCACCAUAAUUUAUAUAUUACUUAUAUCUAAUCAAUGAAAUGUACAGUAAAAUAAGACACUGCCACGGCCCCAUUUUAUCAAUUUGUGAAUUUCUUAACGCAGGUAAAAAAGAAAAAAACAAAGAUAAAAAACAUAAAAAUAAAACUGGUAAGAAAGUUAAGGAAAAGAAGGAAGAUAAAGAGGAAAAGGAUGAAAGAGCCGAACAUGUACAGUUUGAAGAAACUCCCCAAAUUCUAUCGCCGGAGCCAACGAUGCAAGAUACUGGAAAGAUCAGUAAGAAGAAGGGAAAGGUUGAAAAAAUUAAACCAAUCUUAGUGAAUAAGGAUGAAGCUACAAAUCUGACCAAUGAGUAUAAUUCUUUGCAAACUGUUUCUCACGAAGAAAGCAAUCAUUUUGAUGUCAUUCAACCAAAGGAUGAUCUUGAACUCAUUAGAAGUCACAGUCGAGAGAAUUUACAUCAAAUUAGUCAAUCGGAAUCGAUUGUGAAUAAAUCGCCUAAGGAAACGCCAACGAAGUCUAAGAAAAAUGCUAAGGAAAAGGAUUCAAAAAAGAAAGAUGAUCACAAGGAUGAGAAAAAAGAGGUAGUGUCGUCCUCUGUGCAACAAGUGAAUAAGGAAAAUAUUAAGGAAAUAAAAGAAAAGCCGAAAGAAUCGUCAAGGGAACUUAAAGAAUCUAAGGAACCAAAGGAGAUUAUUAGGGAAACUAUUAUUCCAGUCCAAUCAUCAAAUAAAGAAUCCAAGAAAGUUAAGAAAAAGAACGAUAUUCUUGCUCAAAUUGGUGGCGACAAGGAUGGCAUAAACUUUUCCCUGUUGAAGCCUCUCGUGCAGAAAGCCGAGCUCAGCCGCACAGAGAUCCAAUUUCUCAUCGAUCAGCUGCUGAACAAGCAGCAGGAGAAUCCUUGGGAACAUGCAGAAUGGACGGAGAGUCGCGCCGAUCCAGUCAUCAAACUGAAGAAGCAGCUCGCGGAAAAGGAGAAAGCGCUCAAAGAUGAACAAGAGGCGAGCGUUUCCGUCCAGAAUAAGCUCCUGGAGUUGAGGGCCGAGUUGAAUGGCGAGCGUUCGCGCCUGACCGCUAGCGUUCGCCAACUCGAAGAGGCACUGAACGCCAAGAUUACGGAAGCCCAAACCCUUCACACCCGCAUGCAGCACAUUCUCGAAAGCCACAGCGCGGAAAAGCAGGGCUUUUCUCGGCAAAUUGAGCAGCUUCAGAGCAAAAUCAACGAAGAUUCCGCUAUUAUUCACAAGAUGCAAGAGGAUCAGGGCCAAACCCAUGGUCAAAUGCAGCAGGAGCUCAUCGCCCAGCGUAAACAACUGGAGGUGCAGUUUACUCAGAUGCGAGACAACGAGAACGCGCUUAAAGCUCAGCUCGCUCAGAAGCACGUAGAGUACCAGGAGCUGCAGACCGUCAACAUAACCAUGUCCCAAGAGCUACAAGCCACCUGCGAAAGCAGCACACACGAGAUCGAGAUGCUCAGACAGCAGAUUACCAUUAUGCAAGAGCAGAUUAUACACUCGGAAGGGCAGCUUCAGCAUUAUAAGGAGACGGGCGACAGGCUACAGGACGCGCACCGGCAACUGGAGGAGUCCCGGCGAGCCCAAAGCGACAUGGACCAUAGGAUAAAAAGUAUGCUUCACCACGAGCAAGAAUUACAGAAGAAAAUUACGUGGUUUCAAACGGAACUUGAUGCAGCCAAGGUCGCAGCCAGCGAAACUAUUUGCUUGAAAGAGCAGUUGGACAAGUUACAAUCCGAAUUGACAAAGUUAAAGGCCGAGCAACUGGCCGAUUCGAAGGAAAAUAAUAGUGACAAUCCUGAUGGAGCGAAUUUGACAACUGUAUUGAAGACGAAAGAAGAAGACUUGCAGCAGGCCUUGUCCAAACUGGAAAAUGUUCAGUUGCAAUAUCAAAAAGCGCAGAACGACCUGAAGAAAUUUGAGCUAGAAUCUACCGAAACUCGAAAUGAAUUGAAAUUGACAAAAUCUGAGUUGGCUAGAUCACAGGACAACUAUAAAUUAUCACAAAAUGAUUUAAAUAAAUGUCAAGAAGAACUUCGUGAGAUCCAGCAAAUUUUAGCACAAACCAGAGCUGAAUUUUCCAAGAUUAAUAGCACAACGAACUCGACAAAGGAUACCAAGUCUGCAGAGGCAGAUCUGCAAAUUAUACGAUUACAAGAAGAAAAUGAAAGGCUUUCCGUACAGUUAGGGGGAUUGAAAGAACUGCAAAAACAAUUGCGCGAAAAGAAUGAACAGUUAUCUUCUCAACUGACAGCCUCUACAGAGCACCCAGCUGUAGAAGGUCGAGAAAACGGAAUUGAGGAGAAAAUUAAAAAAAAUAACAUUCAGCUCAUUGAAAGUACAAAUUUAUUGGCACAGAAGGAAGACCAGAUUACUGCAUUGACAACAGCAACGACGCAGAAGGAGGAAGAGCUCGAUCAACUUAACAUUCAAGUAAAAUCCCUACGAAGUGAAAUUAAUUAUCAACAUAGCAUUAUUUCACGAUUACAAGACGACUUGAAGCAGCAAAACUCAAAAUAUGAUGACAAUGUACAGAAAUUGAAAGUUGAAGAGCAAGAGGCGACUAAAGCUUUAUUACAGAGGAUAUUCCCAGAUAUCGAAGUAUCAGAAAAGUCGUAUGACGAGUGGAUGAAAGUUUUUGAGGAAAAAGUUUAUACAAUUCUUAAUAAGCUGAAUAAGGAUGUUAAGUCUGAAGACGUAACUUUAGAGCUUGAAAAAACUAAUAAAAAUUUACAAACCAUAGUGAACCAUUACAAACAAAUUAUUUAUGACACGGAGGCAAUGUUGAAUAAGCUUCAGAGUAACAUUGAGUUAGAAGAGAAAAGAUGGCAAACACAAAUUCGGCAGAAAGAAACUGAAAUUUCUAAUCUCAGGGUAGAAAUUCGCGAUCUUCAGAAUAAAACAUCUAACAAUGAGUUCAUGGGUGCAUAUGUUUAUCAGUCUAAGGAUUCUACGCUACAGAACAGUGAUGGAGUUGAAUUUGCAUUUAACUGUAUAGAGAAAUCGCUUCCCACUAUUACCAGUGAGCUUCAACAAAAGAUAGCAGAUUUGGAAUCAAGGUUAUCGGAAGUAGAGGUGUUGAAUAAAGAAGCUGAUUGUGAGUCAGCGAAUGAUCAAAGUAUAACUGAAGAUGCAAUAGAAACAGAAAAACUUCAAGAGACAAAUGCGCGAUUAUCACAAAAUUUAAAAAAUGAAAUAAGUAAGCGAGCAGCAUUAGAUGAAAAAAUAAAAGAGCUACUUGUACUUGUAGAAGUUAGUGAAUCAGAAUUAUAUCAAGAAAAGCAAGUCGUUUCACAGUUGCAACAAGAAUUAUCCCAAAUUAAGAGUGAAACUUGUGGUAGCAGUAGUAGUUCAGACCAAUCAACGUUAAAUGGGCCUCCUGUUACCGAUUCUCCGCUAUCUGAGUCCACUAAGAAAGCCAUGGCAAAGAGGCGCAGAUUCGCAGGGUGGUUCCGGAAAAAAGUAACCCCGAGUAAUAAACUGCAUUAAUCGAGUCCGAAAACAUAUGCUUUAUAAGGAAAGACGAAAAUAAAUGUGUCAGAUGCAUGCACAGUCAUGUUGAAAAAACACAAACAGCAGACUUUGCUACCGAGAAGACUAAUAUAAUAAUUAAAAUACUACGGAUAAUGUUUAUUAUACAAAUAUAAUAUUUUAUUAUGUGGAUGAAAUAUAAACAAUUAAACACGUAGUUAGUUUAAAAAGAUUGAAGGAAUAUUGAAAAUGGUGUAUGUAAUGGUUUCAUUAAUAGAUUUAAAUGACUAUUAAUGCGCAAUAUAAACCGAAUAUGUUACAUGUUAAAGGGCAAUAUGCAUUUUUCGAGAAGAGAAUAUUUUUUUGUUGUAUAGAAAUCUAACGGUCUAAAGAAUAUAGCUUGUAUACGCAAUAUAUAUACACACGCGUAUGCAUAUACGUAUACGUG